GUUUUUCGCUGAUGCACAGCACAACAGUUUGAAACUGCAGCCGAGAAACCGAUUUCCGUAAAAUAUCGUUCCUGUGACUAGUGCUGAGGACAUAGUUUACCGCUAUCAGAUCUUUACCGGUGAUCCCUGUUGAUUUCCGUUAGAGUUUGCGUGACCGGAAGCUUAUUGAAAUGCCCAGCGAGAUCAUUACUUUGCAGCUGGGCCAAUGCGGCAAUCAGAUUGGAUUCGAGUUCUGGAAGCGGCUCUGUCUGGAGCAUGGCAUCUCCCCUUCCGGGGUGCUGCAGGACUUUGCCACCGAUGGGAUCGAUCGGAAGGAUGUGUUUUUCUAUCAGGCCGAUGACGAUCACUACAUUCCGCGGGCCGUGCUGUUGGAUCUGGAACCGCGAGUUAUCCAUACGAUCAUGACAUCACCCUACGCUAAGCUUUAUAACCCUGAAAAUGUGUACCUUUCGAAAGACGGCGGAGGAGCCGGUAACAAUUGGGCUUCUGGUUUCAGCCAGGGCGAGAAACUUCACGAGGAGAUUUUUGACAUCAUUGAUCGGGAAGCUGAUGGGAGCGAUAGUCUCGAAGGAUUCGUUUUGUGUCACUCGAUUGCCGGUGGAACAGGAUCAGGAAUGGGAUCCUACAUCAUGGAACGGCUAUCGGAUCAUUUCCCCAAAAAGUUGGUGCAGACUUACAGCGUCUUCCCAAAUCAGGAUGAAAUCAGUGAUGUUGUCGUUCAACCUUAUAACAGUCUUCUCACCCUAAAAAGGUUGACGAGUUGUGCAGAUUGUGUGGUUGUUCUGGAUAAUACAGCCUUGAACAGAAUUGCAUCCGAUCGCCUGCAUCUGCAAAAUCCAACGUUUACCCAAAUCAACACCCUGGUCUCGACUAUAAUGUCUGUCAGCACAACUACCUUGCGAUAUCCUUCCUACAUGAACAACAAUCUAAUCGAGCUGAUAGCGCCCUUGAUUCCGACCUCUCAGUUGCACUUCCUCAUGACCGGAUACACGCCACUAACAACCGAUACUGAAACCGUUAGUGUUCAAAAAACCACCGUUCUGGAUGUGAUGCGACGUUUAUUGCAGCCCAAAAAUAUGAUGGUCUCCACAGGCCCGGAUAAAACAAACCACCACCGAUACAUCUCAAUUCUGAACAUCAUUCAAGGGGAAGUAAACCCUACCCAGGUGCACAAAUCGAUUCAACGUAUCCGGGAACGAAAGCUAGCCCAGUUCAUCAACUGGGGACCGGCCAGUAUCCAGGUGGCGCUCUCCAGAAGUAGCCCCUACGUCCAGAGUGCCCACCGCGUCUCCGGGUUGAUGCUGGCCAAUCACACCAGUAUUUGUUCCCUAUUCGAGCGAGCCUUGAAUCAGUACGACAAACUCUGCAAGCGGGGUGCCUUCCUGGACCAGUUCAAGCGGGAAGACAAAUUCAAGGACGACAUGAGCGAAUUCGACGAAAGCCGAGAUGUGGUCGAUGCCCUGGUGCAGGAGUACGAGGCGGCCACCCAGUCGAACUAUCUGAGCUGGCAUGCCAAAAAAGCUUCCGGUGAAUAAAUCCGGUGCCCUAUCGUUUUAUUGGAAAAGCUCUCGAACGCACGCUUCAUAUAUGUACAUCUACAAAACAAAAUCCAACCUGUUAUUGAAUUACCUCCUCCUGUUAUGAAUAUUCAUAUGCGCAAUUUAAGCUUUUGCUGUACUCAAAGAUAAGGAAUAAUCCCGUGAGAAAAUGCAUAUACAUAACGGAUUCUCGUUAUUAUAUGAGGGAAUGCAAGCGUUCCUUGAAAAGUAUUCGCGCGCGUAAAACGUACUUCAACUGGAUACUGAUGUUCAAGUAAUCUCGAAAAAAUGCAACUGUCAACUUUCUGCCAUUAAAUAAAAAACCGAAUAAAAAAGCAUGUUUCAAAAUAUGGUUAGAGCUG